GCCAACAAUGAAGUUGUCAGCCAAGCGUACUACUGCACCUGCGCGAAAACACUUCAAUCCCGCCACUGUUUACCCAAGAAGAAGUGCUCAUCCCUAUGCAACACGCUCAGCUUCGAGAAUACCCACCCCCCCUUGCCCCCGUCUCUUUGCAAAGUCUCACCGCGUCUCGCAAUCGAUAACCUCUGCAAGCAUACCACCCCGGCCCGACACAACAGAUCUCUUCCGAUACACCAGCGGCCGCUGGCUGUGGGACGAGGAGCAGCAGCUGCGCGACCGAUUUGCGCCGUUCAACGUGCGGGAACUACAACGAGUCGCCGCGCAGAGUGUUGGAGCGGAGAUAUGUACGGCAAUCACGAAGCUGGCCGAAGGCUCGUUCAAUAAGACCUUCAGGCUGGAGAUGGGGGAUGGCUCGGCCGUGAUUGCAAGAAUCCCCCAUCCGAUUGCGGGGCCGAGGUACUACACCACAGCAUCUGAAGUCGCCACGAUGGAGUUUGCCCGCACAGUCCUCGGAGUCCCAACACCUCACGUGUAUGCUUGGAAUGCAGACGUGUGUAACCCUGUCGGGUCUGAGUAUAUCAUAAUGGAAGAAGCCCCCGGUACGAAGCUGGAAGAUCUAUGGGAUGAUUAUUCUCUCGAAGAGAAGAUCGCAGUCAUGAAGGACCUCGUCCAACUGGAGAGGAAAAUGCUUCAAGUGCCACUGAAUUGCUAUGGGAGUUUGUACUAUACAGAUGUCAACAUCAGAGGUGCUGUGCCAGCCGAAGCCCGUGCAGAAUUAUCCGCUGGGCUCAAAGACACAAUACGCCGUCGUUUUGUUAUUGGCCCGCUCGCAGAAAGACACUAUUGGUCCAAAGAACGUGCAGAGAUGACCUUGGACCGAGGACCAUGGAAACAACCACAGGACUAUGUGCUUUCCCUAGCUUACCGAGAAGAGCCAUGGAUCCAACAAUACGCAACUCCAAGAGCCGAAGACGACCCGCUAGUAACCUCAGCAACGCAGAACUCUCCUAGCAGUCACAUAUCUCUACUGCAGAAAUAUCGUCAGGUUGCCCCUUAUCUGCUCCCGGAUGAUCCUGUCGUGGUUGCACCCUACAUCUGGCAUACCGAUCUGCACGCGGGCAACAUCUUUAUUUGUAAUGGUAAGAUCUCGAGUGUAAUAGACUGGCAAGGGCUCUGGGCAGCACCCUUGAUCAUUCAAGCACGUCACCCAAGGCUAGUCGAUUACAAUGGUGAAGUUAUCCUGAAAGCCCCCACAACCUUCAAGCAGCUGGAUCUGGCGGAAAAGGCUCGGAUCAGAGGCCUUAUGAGUCGCUCAAUCCUGCUUUAUCUCUACGAGAAACAGAUUGCCAGAGAGCUACCCCUACUUGAUAAAGUCCUUCGAUUUGAUCACGGUCGGACAAGGUGCAAUCCGGUUCUGUUCGUGGGCGAUACGUGGGAGGACGACCUUCUCCCCUUGCGGGAAUCGCUGAUUAGGUUUGAGAGAUGCUGGAAUGAAUUAGGGUUUGACUUUCCAUGUCCGAUCCAUUUCACCGAGGAUGAUUUUCGGGUCCAUGCAGAAGAAAGUGCUGGGUGGAAUGAUGUGCAAGACUUCUGGAAUUCCGUCGCAGACGUCGUAUCGAGAGAUGGCUGGACCCCGCACCAUUUAUAUGGGGAUGCCGUUUCGCUGUUUACAGAGCUACGAGAUAUUGGCCUGAAAGCUAUGGUGGGGAAGGAGAGGGAUGCAUUUGAGAUCCAGACACAAUGGGUCAAG